UACAGGGCAGGAGUGAGCAGCAGUCGCUAGCUACCUCGCGAAUCAAGGAGGUAAUCAAUGGCGUUGCCUGCUCGGCGGGCUGCUGCAGGCUGCGGCUUGCCCAUCCGGGUGGUGAGUCGGCGCCUGGUCAGGGCCUCCGACCCCUCCAUCCGGCCACACGUGCUCGCCGUCUCCCACCUCGAUCUCUACGCCAACACCGAACAGUGCGCCCUGACAUGCGUCUACCCCAAGCCCCCCACCGGCGCCGGCGACUUCGACGCCGUUGUCGCCGCCUUCGAGGCCCACAUGCCGGCAUACCUCAACUACUUCUUCCCUAUGGCUGGCCGCAUCGUGGUCGACCCCAGCUCUGGCAUCCCCGAGCUCCACUGCUACAAUCAAGGAGCGGAGCUCAUCGUGGCACAUGCCGGCGUGGAGCUGUCGGCCCUGGACUGGAGCCUAUCGGGGGAGUCCCUGAAGAGGAUCCACGUGCCGUACGCCCAGGACAUGGUCCUGUCGGUGCAGCUGCUGUCCUUCGCCUGCGGCGGCUUCGCCGUGGUCUGGGCCGCCAAUAACCUGGUCGGCGACGGGAACGUCGGCGUCAUGCUCGUGAGGAUGUGGACCGAGCUGGUCCGGACCGGGACUAUCUCCGGCGGAGGCCCCAACCAUGACCGCUCGGUGCUCAGGCAGUUCAGCCGCCCCCGCGACCCGCCGACGUACGGCGCCUCGGUUGCAGCCAUGUACACGCGGUGGGAGCACGAGCAGGAGGUGAACGCGCUGACAGCCGAGGAGAGCUUCAUCGAGCGCCUCUACUACGUCGACGAGCGCGACAUCGCCCGGCUGCGUGGGGAGGCGAGCGCCGAGGGCCGCCAGCGUGCGACGCGCGUGCAGGCCGUGUCCGCGUACCUGUGGAAGGUCCUCGCGGGGAUCGUGGCCACGUCGAAGCUGCUGGGCGAGGACGAGAAGCGCUGCCGCCUGCUGUGGUGGGUGGACGGGCGGCGGCGGUUCUCGUCGCCCGAGCUCCGGUCCUCGCUGCGCAACUACGCCGGCAACGUCACGUCCUACGUGGUGGCGGCUGCGGCCGCGGCCACGGUGUUGAGCAAGCCUCUGGCGGGCGUGGCGGCCAUGGUGCGUGAGGCCGUCACGCUCACGCCGGCGGACUACGACGAGCUGUACCAGCAGAUGGUGGAUUGGAUGGAGGUGCACAAGCCCACGAACUUCGUCGAGACGCCCGCCAUCGGGCUCGGCAGCCCCACGCUGGCCCAGACCAUGUGGUCCUCCUUCCCGAACGACACUGACUUCGGUUUCGGCGAGGCCGCCUUGGCCAUGCCGGUGCACCAGAACCUCGGCAGGCUGUGCAUGGGCCUGAUCUGCAUCACCCCCAAGCCAGCAGAUCCCGGGACGUGGAUCGUCAGCGCCUUCAUAUGGCCGCGUCUCGCGGCGGUGCUCGAGUCAGACGAGCAGCGCAUCUUCAAGCCUCUCACAGCAGAGUUCCUUGGUCUCACCCGUGGACAUGGGCUCAGACCUCGUCUUUGAGUUCUCGUACUACCUACUUUCCAGCAUUACAAGACCCACACGCAUUUUGGAAUUAUUUUGACAU